CCCGCUCGCGUCAUCUUCUGCUAAAUCAUGUAAGGUGCUUCUGAGUGAGAACACGACGAGUCUUGAGAAGAAAGGCGGUCCUUGAUCUCAUUCAUCGCUCUAAUAUACAAUAGAUCCAAGCGUACACAAUGUCGGACAGUAUCAGCGCUUUCUUUUACGGGGUAUUGCUGCAUCCCAAGGUGCUCAAACGCGUUAUUGGUAAUGAUGGUACCCACCUUCAAAUCUGUCCUGCACUUCUUUUAGAUCAUACCCGGCAUCGCGUUAAGGGUCGCGAUUAUCCAGGAGUAGUACCAUAUGAGACAUCGCGACAACUUUUCAAUCAUCAUCUAUCCAUAGACGAGCGGUCUGUCAGAGGAAACCUCGUCGAAGGACUCAGUAAACGGGACAUCGAUCUUCUCGAUGUCUUCGAAGGAGAUGAAUACGUCAGGGAGAAAGUCAAAGUAUACAAACUUGGCGCACUCGAGCCUCUCAACAAUCCCUCGCCGUCCGUCGUAUCAAGCAAGACAAACCAUCUCUCCUCACCUUCCGAGUUAGGAGAUACGAUUGAGACAAAUGUUUACAUUUGGAUCGCCCCAGUCACUUUGCUCGAACCGAAACUUUGGUCAUAUGAGGUGUUCAUCAGGGAUAGUGCUUGGAAAUGGAUUGGUCCUUCAAAGGACGAAGAGGAGUAUGCGGAGGUUGAUCGGCGUCGAGCGAUGAAUGGUAUUAUCAACGGAGCAGCCGAGAAAGCAAUAGAAGAGGGUGUAAUAAACUAAUGCAAAGGAUACCCUUAACGCAUUUAUAUUGCAUGUAUAGGUCUUGUUUUCU